AAACGAAAAAGAAAAGAAAAUCCCACUCAGUCGCCGUAAAGUAGUUACAUCUGCAUGGGUUGUAACGCCUCUGAUUUUCGACGGAAAUCCCUAAAUCUUUCGAAGUGUUGCCGCCAUUUUCAUUCGCUUCCUCUAUGAUAGCUACUGCUACAAUGAUGCCUUCUCUCAUCUUCAAUCCUACGUCAUUUCAUCUCCGCCACCCAACACCCUCUCUCCAGAGUAUCCACCGGCCUUUCAAGCCGCCGCCGCCGCCGCUCCGAUCAGUUAUCCCGGUGAGGAGCUCCUCCACUUCCCCACCAAUUUUUGAUCUGAAAGCUGGGAAAGGAAUGAGUGGGUUCUUUGAUGUUGAACUUAAAGUCCGUGAUUAUGAGCUGGAUCAGUAUGGUGUGGUCAACAAUGCUGUUUAUGCAAGUUAUUGCCAACAUGGUCGUCACGAACUCUUAGAAAGUAUUGGUAUUAGUGCUGAUGCUGUGGCCCGUAGUGGUGAUGCAUUGGCCCUGUCAGAAUUGUCACUCAAAUUCCUUGCUCCUCUAAGGAGUGGAGAUAAGUUUAUUGUAAGGGUUAGAGUUUCGGGUUCUUCAGCUGCUCGAUUGUACUUCGAUCAUUUCAUCUUUAAGCUGCCAAGCCUAGAGCCGAUUUUGGAAGCCAAGGGUGCCGCUGUAUGGCUUGACAAAAAUUACCGUCCUGUUCGUAUUCCAGCAGAGAUGAAAUCUAAAUUUGUAAAGUUCCUUCGAAAUGAUGACUCUUAAAUUAAGCCUGCUUCCAAAAAGAAUGUCAAUGGCAGCAGUUUCUCAAUUAUCAAAAUGUUCAAGAAGAUAAUUAGUAAUACAUGUCCCUUCAAUUCAGCUUGGGAAUUGGAAAGAGAAUGAGAUGGCUCAAUGAGACAAGUCCAGCAAACUAAUUUCAAAAAUUAUAAAAUAUCUCCGAUACAAACUAAAUAUAUCUAAAUUGUUUUACAUUUUGAUUUCUUGGUGCAUCUGUACGAAGGUUGCCGCAGCCAAUGCAAAGAUUGGUAAAAAUUUGAAGAGGACAAGGAAUGUGCA